AUGAUUGACAAUCAUAAUUCUUCAAAAGCAAAAGCCGCGGCUCCUACGGUUGAACAAAUUAAUGCUGAUAAAAUAACACAGCUUGCAAGUUUGUAUUGGGCACCUCAUUCUGUUGAAAAACUCAAGCCGUAUGAUCCAAACAUAGUUGAAGAUGUUUAUUUUCAAGAAAUACUUGGUUCAAAUUUUUCAAUAAGACGAAUAAUGAUGUUAGAAUUUAGUCAAUAUUUAGAAAAUUAUUUAUGGCCCAAUUAUAAAGAAAACGAAGCUUCACAAGCUCAUUUAAUGUCUAUAGUUGUAAUGCUAAAUGAAAAGUUUAGAGAAAGAGUGCCUGCAUGGGAUGCAUUCACAAAAAAAAGUGAACAAUUUUCAGCAUUUUUUCAGCAUGUAUUAAGGGCUUGUUUGUCUGAUACCUCUUCACUUAAAGAACAAACAGCUCUUAUAGUUUUUUUAAAUCAUUGUUUUAAUAGUAUGGAAGUUGAUUUAGUUCGAGAUCAAGUUAAAAAAUUAGUUUCAUUGUCAAUGUGGGUGUCUCUUCAAGAGGGAAGACGAGAAUAUGAAUUUAAAAAAAUUCCUAAAUGGAAAAAAUAUUGGAAACUUAUACAGAAAAAAGAUGCGACAAUUGCGGAUAAAGAAAAGUUAAAUUGGGAAAGAACAUUUUUACAUAAAUUGAUGCUUAAAUUUAUUAGUUUACUACAAUCAAUACCAGUUGAAGAAGAGAUUUCUAGUGAUAAAAUUAGAUAUUGUGAAAGAUUUUUAGAAUUAAUUAUCGAUCUUGAAGCUCUUUUACCAACCAGAAGAUUUUUCAAUACAGUUAUGGAUGAUUGUCAUUUGGUGAUUCACUGUCAAAUGUCUAACUUGGUUAAAUCAAAAGCUGGUAAACUUUUUUCACAAUUACUCGACAUGUUAAAAUUUUAUGCACAUUUUGAAAUAAAUGAUGAAACAGGAGAUCCUUUGACAGAUCGUGACAUGACACAACUUCAUUAUGAUAAAAUUAUAUCACUUCAAAAAGCUGCAUUUUCAAGGUUUCCCGACCUUCGAAAAUUUUCUUUAUCAAAUGUCGCUUCUGUUGAUACAAAAGAAGCUUUAUUUAAUCAUUUCAAAUCUCUGACUCCUGAAAAACUUCAAUCAAUAGCAAGAUUUUUAAAUUUGAUACCUCCUGAAAGUGAUGACGAAGUUGGAAAUUCCUAUCGAAAAGAUGCUGAUUUUUUACUCGAGCUUUUAAUUUCUCGUCAUGAACGUCGUACCUCACAAUUAGAAUCCUUAAAUGAAAUGCCAUUGUAUCCCACAGAAAGUAUUAUUUGGAAUGAAAACGUUGUACCUUCCGAAUAUUUUUCUGGUGAAGGUUGCUUAGCACUACCAAAAUUAAAUUUACAAUUUUUGACUUUGCACGAUUACCUAUUAAGAAAUUUCAAUCUUUUUCGAUUGGAAUCAACAUACGAAAUUAGACAAGAUAUAGAAGAUGCAGUCAGUCGAUUGAAUCCAUGGAAAGCGGAAGAUGAAAGUGUAUAUUUUGGAGGUUGGGCUAGAAUGGCUCAACCCAUAGUAAGUUUUGCCGUUGUCGAAGUGGCCAAACCAAACAUUGGAGAAAAAAGUCCAUCGAGAGUAAGAGCUGAUGUCACCAUCAAUUUGUCUGUCAAAAAUGAAAUAAAAGCAGAAUGGGAAAAUUUGAGAAAGCACGAUGUUUGUUUUUUAAUCACCGUGAAACCAUUAAUAUCCAUUGGUACGAAAUAUAACUCUAAAGAUUCUUUUAUCGAACAAAUGGGUUUGAAAUAUGUACGGGGUUGCGAAAUCGAAGGAAUGCUCGAUCAAAAUGGUCGAGUUAUUGAAGAUGGACCUGAACCUAAACCUUUGAUACACGGAGAGAAAAGAGUUUUUCGUGUUUGGCUGGAUUGUAAUCAGUAUAGAAUAGAUAUGGAAAAUUCUAAUAAGGGAAAAGAAGAUGUUUACGAGACUUUUAAUAUAUUAAUGAGAAGAAAACCGAAGGAAAAUAAUUUCAAGGCAGUUUUGGAAACGAUUCGUGAAUUGAUGAAUACCGAAUGCGUCGUACCUGAUUGGCUUCAUGAUAUUAUAUUAGGAUAUGGAGAUCCUGGAGCGGCUCACUAUCACAGAAUGCCAAACGAAAUUGCUUCGUUAGAUUUUAACGACACUUUUCUCGAUACGGAUCACUUGCGAGCCAGUUUUCCAGAUCACGAAAUAAAAUUUAAAACAAAAGACAUGGAAAAAUUAAAUCCUCCUUUUAGAUUGACAUUUCAAGAUGUUUUAAAGAAAAAAAGACAUAUGAAUAAUGACGAAACGGAAGAUGAACAAGUUCAGUGUAAAAAAAAAGUCAUCAUCGUGGAACCCCAUUGUAAAAUUAAUGAGGGUCCUUACAAAUUUAACGAAUUGAAAAAGAAUACUAUUCCUUUCACGCCGACUCAAAUAGAAGCCAUAAGAGCGGGAACGCAACCUGGUUUAACACUCGUCGUCGGACCUCCUGGUACGGGGAAAACUGAUGUAGCCGUUCAAAUCAUUUCUAAUUUGUAUCAUAAUUUUCCAAAUCAGAGAACUCUAAUCGUUACCCAUUCGAAUCAAGCCUUGAAUCAGUUAUUCGAAAAAAUCAUGAGUUUGGAUAUUGAUGAGCGACAUUUAUUACGUUUGGGUCAUGGAGAAGAAGCUUUGGAAACUGAUAAGGAUUUUAGCAGAUAUGGUCGUGUUAAUUACGUUUUGGCCAAGAGACUCGAGCUUUUGUCAGAAGUCGGAAGAUUAAAAGAAAGUUUAAAAGUCCUCGGAGAUGUUUCUUAUACCUGUGAAACUGCCGGACAUUUUUUUCUUUAUCACGUAAUGACGAGAUGGGAAAAAUUUAUGAAUCGAAUAAAAUCUCAAAAUAAAAAAAAUGAUAAACUUCCUGCUUCGCUCAUCAGCGAUGCUUUUCCAUUUCACGCAUUUUUCGAAAAUGCUCCUAAACCGCUUUUUAAAAAUGAAACCUAUGAAGAAGAUUUGAAAAUUGCAAAAGGUUGUUAUCGUUACAUAGAGAAAAUAUUUCAAGAAUUGGAAGAAUUUCGUGCAUUUGAAUUACUCCGAAGCGGAUUAGAUCGAUCGAAAUACUUGUUGGUAAAAGAAGCUAAAAUUAUAGCAAUGACUUGCACACAUGCAGCUCUUAAAAGGAAAGAAUUAGUGGAUUUAGGAUUUAAAUACGACAAUAUAUUAAUGGAAGAAGCUGCACAAAUUUUAGAAAUUGAAACUUUCAUUCCACUCCUCCUUCAAAAUCCCGAGGAUGGUUUUAGCCGGUUAAAACGAUGGAUAAUGAUCGGUGAUCAUCAUCAAUUACCUCCAGUUAUAAAAAACAUGGCGUUUCAAAAAUAUUCCAAUAUGGAGCAGUCGCUGUUUACUAGAAUAGUUCGACUUGGAGUUCCAACAGUAGAUUUAGAUCGUCAAGGACGUUCUCGACCAAGUAUAUGCAAUUUGUAUAACUGGAGGUAUAAAAAAUUGGGUAAUCUCGCUCACGUGGAAAAUUGGCCAGAAUAUCGAAUCGCAAAUCCUGGAUUCUGUCAUGAUUUUCAACUGAUCAACGUGGAAGAUUUUAAUGGAGUUGGAGAGUCCGAACCGAGUCCUUAUUUUUAUCAGAAUUUGGCGGAAGCUGAAUAUUGCGUUGCUGUUUACAUGUACAUGCGAUUGAUUGGAUAUCCGGCAGAAAAAAUUUCCAUAUUAACAACUUACAACGGUCAAAAACAUUUAAUACAAGAUGUUGUCAAAAUGAGAUGUGCCAACAAUCCUCUAAUAGGACGACCUCACAAAAUCACGACGGUGGAUAAGUAUCAGGGUCAACAAAAUGAUUACAUUUUGCUUUCACUUGUAAAAACAAAAGCUGUCGGUCAUUUAAGAGAUGUGAGAAGAUUAGUCGUUGCCAUGUCUCGAGCAAGAUUAGGAUUAUAUAUUUUUGCAAGGGUUUCUCUCUUCAAAAACUGUUUCGAACUAACGCCGGCUUUUAAUCAGUUAAUGCAAAGGCCCAUGAACCUGCAAAUUGCUCCACACGAAGUGUACCCAGGUGAACGAUCGAAUAAUGAUCCACCUGUAGCCAUGAUGGAAAUGAUUGACAUGCCACAAAUGGCAACUUUUGUCUACGAUUUUUACAUGCAAAAAUUAGAAGCUAUGAAAAUAGCUUUCGAAGAUGUAAAAAAAGAAUGGGAAAAACCAGGAGUUGUUACCGAAAGUGUUCCUGAACAUUCCGUUUCUCAUCAUCCGGGAGGAGACGAUGAUUCCGAUGAAGAAGAAGAAGAAGAGGAGGAAGAGGAGGAAAAGGAUUCAAAUCUUGAAGAUUCUGUUAUGGAAACAAAUACAACAAACCACCCAUCCGAGACUGAAAAAAUGCAAGUAGAUGAAGACGAAGGUGAUGAAAAUGUGGAAAAGUAA